AUGAGUGAGCUCGGAAAUUUUGAGGAAGACCAUCAGGAGCCAAGGUGGAUGCCUGACCUGGUGGUGGAGGACCUCUUCUGGAUUAUGGAGGAGGAGGAGCAGGAGGAGGAGGAGGCUGUGUCUCUCUACUCCUCUCCGUCGUCCUCCCCCUCAGACAUGUUUAUUGAAAGCCUAGAGCAGGUGCCUGCUGUUGAGACACCAAGUCCUCCUCAGAGUCCUCAGGUUGCCUGCCCCGCCCCUCAUGCCCUGGCAGCCUUGCCAUGGAGCCAUUCUGAAGAUGUGAGAUCCAGCAACCAUGAGGAGGGUCCAACCACUGAGGGAGGCCCUCAAGAUUAUGCAGAUAUUUUGCUCCAAGAAGCACUGCAUUCAAAGAUGUUGGAAAUGGUGGAGUUCCUGCUCCUGAAAUAUCGAGAAAAGGAGCAAACCACCAGGGCAGAAAUGCUGAGUAGUGUCAUGAAAGAGUACCAUGACCACUUCCCUGAGAUUUUCAGUGCAGCCACUGAGGUCAUAAAGCUGGUCUUUGGUGUAGUUGUGGAGGAAGUGGGCCCCAGUGCCCACACCUAUGUAAUGGUCACCGCCUUGGGGCUCACCUAUGAUGGCAUGGUGAGCGAUGGGAACAGAUAUCCCAAAAUUGGUCUCCUGAUCACAUUUCUGUGGAUGAUUGCUUCUCAGGGUGAUUGUAUCCCUGAAGAGAAAGUCUGGGAAGCACUGAAUGUUUUAGGGGUGACUAUUGGAAAUGUGCAUUGGAUCUAUGGGGAACCCAGGGAGCUCAUCACUAAAAUUUGGGUGCAGGAACAAUAUGUGGUGUACCGCCAAGUGCCCAACAGUGAUCCUGCAUGCUUUGAGUUCCUGUGGGGUCCCAGGGCCCACGCUGAGGCCACCAUAUCGAAAGUCCGUAACUUUGUGCUCCUGGUCAAUAACUGGGAUCCCCGUUCUCUCCCAUUCCUGCCUAAAGGGCCUGAGUGUAAUGAGAACCACUUUGCCUAA